GAACCUUAUCAGCUUUUGCUUUUAGAAGGAAGCUGUUCCUCAACUUUCCCAUCAGCAUUGUUUGCCCAUUUUCCCUCUAAACGAAGAAGGGAGGUUUCUCUCGCUGUGCUCCGUCCAACACCAUCUGAAGCUGCGCCGCAGAUAUGUUGCUAACAAAUCGCCUUCUGCUGCUCUUCUUCUUUCGCGCUUUCUGUAUGAAAACAAUAGUUGAUGAAGUCCAAGCACAAGCGAGCAAGAGUAUAACAUACCCUGCUUUAGAUCCCAACAAACCAGUAGAGCCAGCUAUCACCGUCGGCUCUUCAGUCACCACAGACGAUAACUCCUCUUGGAUCUCCUCCUCCGGCAACUUUGCCUUCGGAUUCUACGGCGAGAGCGACGGUUUCUUCGUCGGGAUUCGGCUUGUCGUCUCGUCCACAGAAACCGUGGUGGUGUGGACUGCGAGGCCUGAUUUGAAGCGCUUUUCGAAAGACGCCUUCCUAAACUUCACCGAAGAGGGGCUUUUCGUCACCCCGGAGAAAGAAGCGGUGGCUAUUCCUCUCUUCAAGUUCUCCUUGAAUGCCACGUCUGCCAACAUGCUCGAUAACGGUAACUUUGUCGUCUUCGGCUCCGACAUCUCCAAUAUCUCUAGUACGUCUGAAGUCGUCUUAGCCACCGGCGUCACUGCGGCUGCCAAGCCUGGGGUAGCCUAUGGCAGCUCUUGCAGCUCAUCUUCGAGGUGUAGCUCGACUGUUGGUGGAACCUACAAGUCCAUCCGCUCCUGCAGCGCAUAUACGAGGUGCAGGGCGAGUACGUCUUCAGACAGUAUUAUUUGGCGAAGCUUUGAUUUCCCCAGCGAUACGAUUCUUGGGGACCAAUACUUGCCCUGCGGCUCUAACCUCACCUCCUCCGCCGGCGAGAAGGACCACUCCAUCGGAAAGUACAUCCUAAACUUUCCAUGCGGCGGCGCCAGCUUAAUCUUCUACGGAUUGAAGUCUUCACGCGAUGUUUGGGAUACCGGGGCCUCCGGCGGCGAUUACAACUAUCUAAACCUUGGUGAUGACGGCCGCCUCUACCUCACCUCUUCCGGUGGAAAUGAGAAGGACAUCUCUGACUAUAAACCUAAUAAAGAUACUUCCCAUGUCAUGAUAUACCGCGCGACCCUCGACUCGGACAACAUUUUCCGGCUCUACGCUCACAACCUCCCGGACAAAUCGACCAAAAUGGUUAAUGAGAUUCCUAAUAUUAGGGACAGUUGCCAGAACAAAGGUAUCUGCGGCGUCAACAGCUAUUGCAUGCUCGUCUAUGGCAACGCAGAAUGCAAAUGUGUGCCCGGGUUCGAGAUCAUGAGCCGGGACUCACAAGUCACCGACUGCCGGAGGAUCAAAACGGUUCCAAGCUGCGUCAACCUUACGAGCUCGGCCGCCGCCGUCUUCCACAUGGAGGAGCUGAAUAACAUAGCGGGAAUGGAAAAUUUGGCUUACGGCGAACUCUCACUGGCGAGCCGGGAGGAGUGUAGCAACGCCUGCCUCAACGACUGCAACUGCUACGCUGCCUCGUUCAUUGAUCAGAAGUGCUUGAAGCUUAAGCUUCCGCUGACAAGCGGAAGGAAAGACGAUAACCAUCCCAGCGUCACCUUCAUGAAGUUAGCCGGCGCCCAAUCGGAUCCAGCAGAACCGCAAACAAGACGAGAGGUAUGCAUCGUAGCUAUUAUUUUGUCUGCGGCAGCAACUAUCUCUAUUUGGAUAGUUGUAAUAGCCGCAUUCAUCGGUGCGUACUGGUUUCUGUUCCGGAAGUUUCGUGAAGAGUGGCGCAAGUGGGAGCUGGCAUUGACUGAGGAGAUAGCACCCCGAUACUUCUCUUAUGAAGAGCUUCGAAAAGGGUCUAAUGAAUUUAAGCAUGUAUUGGGGAAAGGUGGUUACGGGACAGUCUUCAGAGCUGACUUGCCCAUCGGCGACAGCACUGUUGCCGUCGCCGUGAAGAAGCUCCACGGGGCGGAGAUGGAAGGAGAAAGAGAGUUCCAAGCGGAAAUGAGGCUCAUCGGAAGAGCUUACCAUGCUAACAUCGUUCGCCUACUCGGAUUCUGCCAUGACGGCCCUAGCCGCGUCAUAAUCUACGAAUUGAUGUUAAGGGGCUCUCUUGCCAACCAUAUCUUUGAGAGCAGGGGACGGCGACCGAGCUGGGAGCGGCGGGCGGCCAUCUUGCUAGCUGCGGCGCGUGGAAUACACUAUCUGCACUGCGAGUGCGAAACCAAGAUUAUUCACCGCGAUAUAAAACCAGAGAACAUUCUGAUCGCCGAGGACUGGACAGCCAAGAUCGCGGAUUUCGGGCUUGCCAAGCUGUUGAAUAAGAACCAGAUGAGGGCGGCCACGCGGACAUUAGCAGCCGGUACAGAGGGCUAUGUGGCGCCGGAGUGUGAGCGGGAGGUUGCUGGGUCGGAAGAAGCCCAGGUGUCGGAGAAGGCGGACGUUUAUAGCUACGGAAUAGUGGUUUUGGAGACGAUUUGCAGCAAGAGGAACAUGGAAGUCAAAGAGUUGCGGAAGCUGUCUCUUUGUGAGAUGGUGCGGGAGAGCUAUGCGGCCAACGAGCUGUGGAAGCUGGUGGACGGAGACGAAGUGGCAGCACCCGAGCUUGAGAAGCUUGUGAAGAUAGGAUUGUUGUGUGUUCAAGAGGAUCCCAAUGCGCGGCCUGUCAUGGAGGAUGUGGUGAUGAUGCUGGAAGGCGACAUUGAUGUUCCAACUCCGCCAUCAGCGCCAUUCUCUCUUUAAACUACUUAAAUUGUCCUUCUGCUAUAUAUAUAUAUAUAUAUCUUUUAAUAUGUGUGUGGAAAAGAAAAAUUAUUCUGUGUGAAAGUGAAACCGUUCAAAUAUUUAAGUUUGAGGCUUUGUAUUAUUGACGUGGCUCAUUCUGAUUGAUAUCCAGAUGAGAGUUGCGAUCAGGAUCAGCACAAAAUAAUUCUACAAAUCUUUAAUUAUAAUAUUUCAAUAUGCAACAA